UUCGUAAGCUACACUUGCGGCGCAUGCGUCGUUCAAUUCACUCCGAAAACACUAAAAUGAUGAGAGUUUGAGAAGCACUCGUAGGGAGCCAGCGUGGCGUAGUGUUUUGCGUGCUGAAUUCAUGACUCUGGAGGCCGGGGUUCGAAUCCCAGUUGGGGGAUGAAAAAAACCUUCUUAGUGAGUGUCACUCUAAGGACUUAACGUCAGGGGGAAGCCUUUAUCGCACUUUAACUGCCAUGGCAACAUGGAGUCUUGGGAUUGGUAGUUUAGGACGCUCUGGCGUUCCGCCACUCUUCAGUUCUAUGGUAAGGCGGACUUCCGGUAGUCUACCAAGGAGCCAGGAAGAAGGAAGGCCAAGAAGCUCAAAGCUAUCAUUUUAGCUUUGUGGCCAGCCCCACUCUGUGUCAGUAUGAAUCAUGGGCCCCAGCUGAUUGCCUUCACUCGUGCUCAGGAGGAAUCGGAUCUUUGGAGAGAUGGACAAGUCCAGAAGAAAAGCAGCAGAGGCUCCUCUGUGACUAACCAGGAGGAACAGAGUGUACCUGGAGAAGCAGUGCGCAGUUUCUAUGAGAACCUGGUGCUCCCCAAUGGUCCUGGGAAACCCUUGCACAGGAAACGGAAGGUGCCACGUACACUCCACCGGCCAACAGUAGACACUCCUCAUGUUCAGUGUAAAGUGACAGACUCCCGUCUAGGGAAUCGGCUCCUGAAGGCUGCCCAGGAUGGCAACCUGAGUUCUCUGAGGACCUUGAUAGAGAAAGAAUGUUGCGACGUAAACUACCGAGAUAGUUAUUACUGGACAGCUAUCAUGUGUGCUGCUUAUGCUGGCCAUGAUGAAGCCGUCAAGUAUCUUCUGAGUUGUGGGGCUGCCUGGGUGGGGGUCUGUGAGAGACAAGGUCGAGAUGCAAUGGAUCUGGCGGAAGAAGCAGGCCACGAGAAUGUAGUGGAUGUGCUACAAAACAGUGGAAGACCUCAAGUGAAGGAGGAACCAACCAGUCCCCAGACACCACCUGAGAAAAAAUACUGUGCUGUGUGCCAGGCCCACUACAGUGAAGAUACGGUGGCUCUCCAUGAGCGUUCGACUGCCCAUCUUUUCAAUCGGCAUGACCCACUGCCCCCCACGCGCUACCACAUCCCUGAGAACAACGUGGGCUACCAGCUGAUGGUCAAAGGAGGCUGGGAUCAGGAAACGGGUUUGGGGCCUGAGGGUGCUGGUCGCAGAUUCCCCAUCCAGACUGUGCUCAAGCGUGAUCAGAGAGGCCUGGGCUUUGGCAGCGACCUCAAGCCCAAGGUGACCCACUUUGAUGCCAAUGAUCCCAGUGCGGUUGAGACCAGGAAGGAACGACCCAGGAAAGAACGGGCAGCAACUGUGGGGAAACGAGAGGCCCGGCGCCGGGAAGCAAAGGCAGUUGCCUGGGAACGCAACCUCCGCACUUACAUGAACAUUGACUUCUGAACUCUCCUUCGAUUGUGGAUUAGCUGGUUAGCUACAUGUCAGCAAAUUCCUUAUUGAGCAUCAUUGGGAAAGAGUUCUAAAAUAAAGCUGCAUUUGGAAUACA